GAGAGAGAGAGAGAGAGAGAGAGAGAGAGAGAGAGAGAGAGGGGUGGGGGGAACAGAGGACGAGAGUAAAUCGAGGGGUGUUAAAAAGGAGGUGAAAGUUUGGUGGGAACUCAUAAGGACGGUUUGGAGAAAGAACAAGUACUUAAAAGAGAAAGGAGACCAAAGAAAGAAGAAGAGUGAAAGAACAAAUACUUUUAAAUUCAGAUGAUGAAGUCACCGUGCUGGAACUUGGCCAUGGUGUUCCUCCUCCUGACCCCUGACCUUUUAUACUUCCUCUCUUCAUCGCUCCUCACACAGGCCAUCCCUACCCAUUCUCCGGUCACGCCCCACCGCAUCCUCUACGUAACAGAUGUAGGCGGUGAUGACUAUAACGACUAUGGUGAUGGUGAUGACCACUCUCCCUCCCCUUCUAAAAUAUCGCCUACGGUCAAAACUGGCCCUGAGCUCAGCCUAUGUGACUACGACCCCUGCAUGGCCCAGCAAGUGCCCUGCAACCAGCUCUCAGCCCAAGAUGGCUGCCUCUGCCCUGGACUCAGUGGGCCUGAUAAGAUACCCCACCCCCCACUCCUUAAAAAAUUGGUGCCUGCAGAUGGCGAGGCAAAGGGAGUAGAGGUGUGGUGGUGCGCCCCUGAGUCGGUGGUGUCCAAGUACCAGGUGGUGGUGGAGGGGCAUGAGGGGCAGCCCCUGAAUUUUGGUGAAAAGUUGCGCAGUGGACUGGUAGGAGAGUUGCAGGUGGGGGCGAGAGUUUGUGUGGUGGCUGAGAACGAAGCAGGGACCAGUACACCAGUGGAGUACUCUUGCCAGACCUAUGAUCCCCCAGAAGCCACAAAUCUGGCCCUGAGGGCUGGGGUCAUUGGUGGAGGGCUGGGUCUGCUGCUGCUCCUCUCCCUGUCUGCUGUGAUCUGCUGGAGGCGGCAGUCUUGUAGGAAAGCAGGGAGGAACUCCACUGAGGGUCUAGGAAACCCCUCCUAUAGCACUGAGGGAACUUUCUGAUCCAGCAUUGCACCACCCACACCCAGAGCACUGCAGCCCUCACAGACAGGCCUCUGACAAGUCUCUAUAUGGAGAGGGUGACUGAGACUAGACAGGACCUCCAAAUAUGGUAUUAAUAAUUCCACUAUGAACUUUUGACUGUGUCAGAGCAUUGAGAUAACAAAUGCCUACAAGAACACUGCAGGUUGUUUGCUGGCAAAUUAACUUGUGUAGGAUAACAGGGUACAGAUUAUGUGUAAAGUAGAAAAACUGACUGAUGCGUUCUGUUUUUAAUUAAAAAUGUACAAUUUG